AAAAGCCUGCAGUGUUGGACAUUUUCACGCAAAUUCUGCUUGCUAAUAUGAAGUUUUAACUCAAUAAUAAGUGUACUCCAUACCAAAAACCAGCUACUGGAGUAUUUCUAUUUAAUUUGAACACUGUAAGACCGGGCUACAGUGAGGGUCGUUAUUGGGAGACAAAGCUGAAAUGGGACGAAGCCGGGUAUUGGAAAACAGCCACUACUCAAACAAAUAUGGCGGCCUCCUUAGACGUGAUGAUGCGUACCGAUACUGCACUUGCUGUAACAGUGUAACGUUAUGUGAUGCAUGAUUAUAAAAAUGGAGGCAGUGAUGCAGAACCGGCCUCUGCUUUUAAUGAAGCAAGCCGCAAUUUGUGCGCUCUGGUCAAGGACUUCAUUUUCAGCCCCCACACUGUGCGUACGAUCACGGCGACUCAUCGGAUGCUGUCUCCCAUCGCAAAUGCCCCAGAGACAUUUUGCUCGUGCAGAGAAAUAUUGUCGGUCGAAUCUUCGCUAUUGUCAUGAUAGAAACCUGAUUCCCCUUGCCAGCUCUGACUGGCAGAGUGUGACCAGUUGUAUCCAGGGUGAACCAGUUCGAAGGUACUCUAGGGAAACGUCCCAGAGAAAGCUUGAACGCAAGCUGGAAAAACUAGAAAGACGCAAGAAGGAGAAGAAAGAGAAGAAAGUGAUUGAAAUCCAUGAGAAAAUGAGCAUUCUGGAGCUUUCCAUUGCAUUGGAUAUGGACUUAGAUGGUGUUUACGAAUGUUUAUUAAUGAAAACAGAUGUUGAUGAUCUAAAACCAACAACAGUGCUGAAGUUGGAAACGAUAAAAGAAGUGCUGAAAUUGUUGGGAAUGACAUACCGCUUUGCCUCCUUGCACAAAGACGAUGCCAAAGAGAACAAAGACACUGUAAGAAGACCGCCUCCUGAUCCAUCCCAGCUGAAGCCACGGCCUCCGGUCGUCACGGUUAUGGGUCAUGUGGAUCAUGGGAAGACCACUCUACUGGACUCCCUCCGCAAGACCUCCGUAGCCGCAGGGGAAGCAGGUGGCAUCACCCAGCACAUCGGUGCCUUUCUCGUUCCUCUUCCGAUGGGUCAACAGAUCACCUUUCUGGACACCCCAGGCCACGCGGCAUUCUCAUCCAUGCGUGAGAGGGGGGCCAACGUGACUGACAUUGUCAUCUUAGUGGUUGCUGCCGAUGACGGCGUCAUGGACCAGACCAGGGAGUCCAUCAAAUACGCCCAGAAUGCCGGAGUUCCUAUCAUUGUGGCUGUCAACAAGUGUGACAAGCCUGGAGCUGAUCCCGACUUUACCAAGCGAGAUCUCUUAGGCCAUGGCAUUCAGUUGGAGGAGUUUGGCGGAGAUGUGCAGGCUGUAGAGAUAUCAGCACUCAAGGGAACCAACCUGAAUGCCUUGAGUGAAAGCGUUGUGGUUUUGGCCGAGCUGAUGGAAUUAGGAGGAGAUCCAAAUGGGCUGGUGGAGGCUACGGUCAUUGAGUCGCGGGUCGACAAAGGAAAGGGUCCCAUAGCCACAGCCAUCAUCCAGCGAGGCACACUGAAGAGAGGCUGCAUUCUGGUCAGCGGGACGGCCCAGUGCAGAGUGCGCGCCAUGUUUAACGAGAGGGGACAGCAGGUGCAGAAGGCGGAGCCAGGGAUACCGGUGGAGGUGAUUGGCUGGAAGAAGGUGCCCAGUGCUGGAGACCUGAUACUAGAGGUGGAGUCGGAGAAAAGGGCCAAGGAGGUUGUCAGGUGGCGAGAGGAGACAGCAAAGUCCAAGAAGCUAGAAGUAGAGUCCGUCAUAAUCAGGGGGAGGGCGGCCGAACACCAGCGGGCAUAUAAAGAGCGCAAGCAGGCCAACAGCCUGCUGCACUGGAAGGUGCUGCGGGCACAGAGGGCAGCAGAGAGGUUGGCACGGCCUAAGGAGAACAUCAAGAGCGAUAACCCCGAGGUCAACCUGGUCAUCAAAGGUGAUGUAGAUGGCUCCGUGGAGGCCAUCUUGGAUGCCUUAGCAACAUACGAUAGCCAACAGCAAUGCAAGCUGGAGGUGCUGAGCUACGGUGUAGGAAUUAUUUCAGACAAAGAUGUGGAGCUGGCAGACACAUUCUCGGGUAUAGUGAUAGGAUUCAAUGUCACAGCAUCUCCAGAGGCUGAGGCCUUAGCCGGAGAUAGAGGAGUCCCGAUGAAGAUGCACUCAGUGAUCUAUAGGAUGUUAGAUGACAUCAAGGAUGAACUCAGCAGCAAACUCCCACCCAAGGAGGAGCAUGACAUCCAAGGCGAAGCCACAGUAAUCCAGAAUUUCAACAUCUCAGUCGGCAGGCGCAAGGUGGCUGUUGCAGGUUGCCGAGUAAACCAAGGCUCAUUGCAUGCAAACAAGAUGUUUAAACUACUACGGAAUGAUGACGUAAUACAUCAAGGUUCACUGGCAUCUCUCAAGCAUCUUAAAGAUGAUGUCAACACAGUUCAGAAGGGCAUGGAGUGUGGUGUAAGGUUCCAGCAACAAGUUGAGUUCCACGCCGGUGAUACAAUCAUCUGCUAUGAUAUCAGACACAUACAACAAACCAUCGACUGGCAGUUAGGGUUUUGAAGAAGGGGCGAGGGUUUAGGCCUCCUCCAAUUUCUCCCCCCCCCCAAAAAAAAAUUUUAAUGCCCGUUAUUUCUGGCUACUCUGAUAGAAUUUGAGUUCCUGUGAAUUAGAUUUGAGAUCCAGUCCAUCGGAAGAAUUUCUUGAGACCAUGAGCCACUCACUGAGGUUAAACCGUGCUUGUAGUAAGUCAUUACGUGUUCCAUAAUUUAGGGAUCCUCACACGUAUGACAGUCAUUUGGCAAAUCAAAAACAUUAUUGGAAAACUGUCCGAAUUUGCCUCACAGCGAAACGCUUUGCACGACACAGUACACGAACUAGCUAGAACCCAACUUCACAGCACUGCAUGAUAGAGCAUAAGUUGUCCUUACUGUAACAGAAAAUAUUGCUGCUCUUUAUGGUGCCAUUUCUUGGUGUGGAUAUCGCAAGACGUAAGCAUGCAUGGAUAGUUUGUUCUGUGGCAUCACUUAAGUAACUGUUUUCCUUCGGAGUCAAUCAAUCAUGAUUUGCUAGUGCUUACUGGUAAAUGGUCUCCCUGGAAUAGACCCAGGCUUUGCUACACCUCAAAAUCGGCUAUUACGCAGUGCUAUGAAAUUGGACAGAGUUUGUAUAAUACAUACUCCGGGCUUCUGUAACUGAGAAAUGCCUCUCAUUCACAGUCUACAGAUGUUCACAUAAUGCAACCAGGAAUGGUUACAGGUGUAUUGUAGAAUUAUCAGUGCCAUGCGUUGUUCACAUAUUGAAGCGCAAUGAGCCAGGUUGGACUACGUUUCACCUGCUUGGCCAUGCAGGAGAUGGUGUCGUUGUGUAACUUCAGAACAUUAAUUUGGAACAUUAAUUUUUCAACCAGUGAACCUUUUCAACAUUUUCUGAAGACAAGGUCAAUGCGCUAUCAGUGCAAUGUUCAUUUUAAGGAAAUACGAUUGGUUGUAGCAUUUGUAAUAUCUCGAAUUAAAUUGAAUAUUAUUUAUAAAAACA